CAUCAAUCCGGAGGGGGUUGUGGUGUGUGGUUUUCGGCUUAGCCUGUUGGUGAACGCGUCGCGCUUUACAGUUCUUCGCUGGAGCUUGCCGUGAACGGUUCGGUCGCGCGGGAGUACUACGAGGUUGUUUUUUGUCGUUUGCGGACGGUACUUAAUCAACGUGACGUCAUCGUUUUUUGCACACAGUAACUCAAACCCCAUUUUGCGUGUGCUUGUCCCGUUACCCAACGCACACUUGUUGCCCCCCUGUGGGUGGUGGUGGUGGAACUCAACGAACUCACCGCUGGCACCAAACUGACGGUCGGACGGCAGACAUUGCAUUUCGGGCAACCAAAAUGGAAGCUCAUCCGAUGGACGAGUUUUGCGGAUCCAAAUUUUGGGAUUCCAACGUAACAUGGUACACGGAAGACCCGGACCUGACGCCAUGCUUUCAGCAGACCGUGCUCGUGUGGGCGCCGUGCACCUUCCUGUGGGCCUUUUCCGUCAUCGAGCUGUGGUACCUGCGCAGGAGUCGCAACCGGGACGUGCCCUGGAGCUGGGUCAACCUGGCGAAGCUGGCCGUGGUCGGGCUGCUGGUGGCGCUGACGCUGGCCGAUCUGAUCAAGGCGUUCACCAAGCAGGGUCCGGUGGACGCAGUGUUUUUCUACACGCCCGUGAUUAAGAUCGCGACGUUUGUGUUUGCCGCCGCCCUUAUCUACCUCAACAAGUUCUACGGCAUGCGGACGUCCGGGUUGUUGUUCCUGUUCUGGUUCGUGCUGACGGUUUGCAGCAUCCCAAGGUGUCGGACGGAGAUCCGUGGCCACCAGAGCCGCACCGAGUCGGAUCCGUGGGCCGAGUAUCAGUUCGUGAGCUUUAUGAUUUUCUUCGCCGCAUCGUGCGUCAUGUUCCUGUUGAAUUUCUUCAUUGACAAGCCACCGCGAGAGACGAAGUAUGAGAUUACCGACAAAGACUGCCCCGAGCUGUCGGCUACGUUCCCCUCGCGCUUGGUGUUCGGGUGGUUCGAUAAACUGGCGUGGACGGGCUUCAAAAAGCCGCUGGAAAAUGACGACCUGUGGAACAUGAAGCCGGAAGACGCCUCGAAGGAAGUUUCGCCGCUGUUUUUGAAGUACUGGAACGAAACGCUCGAGAAGACGUAUCAGACGCGAGAUGUGGACGACGUUACCAGUUCUGCUAGCUACAAGAAACAAUCGGCUCAAGUGGACUUCAAAACCAAAAAGACAAAGAAGAUCGCGUCCAUUUUGCCCGCUCUGGUGAAGGCAUUUGGACCGACGUUUGCGUUCGGAUCGUUUCUAAAGCUGGGACAGGACUUGCUGACCUUCGCUUCGCCGCAGAUUCUUCGACUGAUCAUCAAUUUCGUCGCCGGAGAUGAGCCGUUGUGGAAGGGAAUUUUCUACGCCCUGCUCUUGUUCUUGGUUGCCGGAACGCAAACGCUACUGCUCGCCCAGUACUUCAACCGGAUGUUCUUCGUAGGACUUCGCAUCCGUACGGCUCUGAUCAGUUCCAUCUAUCGGAAGGCGUUGAUCAUCUCGAACAGUGCCCGCAAGGCAUCGACGGUUGGCGAGAUCGUCAACCUGAUGUCGGUGGACGCGCAACGCUUCAUGGACCUCACCACGUACAUCAACAUGCUGUGGAGUGCCCCGCUGCAGAUCGCCCUGGCGCUCUUCUUCCUGUGGGAAAUUCUCGGCCCGUCCGUGCUGGCCGGUCUCGCCGUCAUGAUCAUCCUCAUCCCCGUCAACGGUGUCAUCGCGAACAAAAUCAAAACGCUGCAAAUCAAGCAGAUGAAGAACAAGGACGAACGCGUCAAGCUGAUGAACGAGGUGCUGAGCGGAAUCAAGGUGCUCAAACUGUACGCUUGGGAGCCCAGCUUCGAGCAGCAAAUCCUGAAGAUCCGUGACAAGGAAGUCAAGGUGCUCAAGUCCGCCGCCUACCUCAACGCGGGAACGUCCUUCAUCUGGUCCUGCGCCCCUUUCCUGGUCUCCCUCAUCACCUUUACCGUGUACCUUCUGUCCGACGACAGCCACGUGCUCACGCCGGUGACGGCCUUCGUGUGUCUCACGCUAUUCGACAUACUCAAACUUCCGCUGGUUCUCCUGCCCAUGUUGGUCGUUUACAUUGUUCAGACCAGCGUUUCGGUGAAACGUAUCAACCGUUUCCUGAACCAAGAAGAACUGGACCCGGAAAAUGUGCAGCACGACGAGAAGGAGUCUUGUCCACUGGUCAUCGAGAACGGCGUCUUUUCGUGGGGUGGCGAAGAAACCACACUCAAGAACAUCAACAUUAAGGUGGAAAAGAACGAACUGGUUGCGAUCGUCGGUACGGUCGGUUCGGGCAAGAGUUCCGUGCUGUCGGCGUUUUUGGGCGAAAUGGACAAGGUCUCCGGACGGGUCAAUACGGUGGGGCGGAUCGCGUACGUGAGCCAGCAGGCGUGGAUUCAGAACGCGACCCUGCAGGACAACAUUCUGUUUGGCAAGCCGAUGGACGCCAAGCGGUACCACAAGGUGAUUGCGGCGUGCGCGUUGAAGCCGGACAUUGAGAUGCUGCCGGGGGGUGAUCAGACGGAAAUUGGCGAGAAGGGAAUAAACUUGUCUGGAGGGCAGAAGCAGCGCGUUUCGCUGGCUCGGGCGGUUUACAACGAUGCGGAUAUUUACUUCUUGGACGACCCGCUGAGCGCAGUUGAUUCGCACGUUGGAAAGCACAUCUUUGAGCAGGUUAUUGGGGCGAAUGGAUUGCUGGCGAAAAAGACGCGGGUGUUGGUUACGCAUGGUAUUACUUACUUGCCAAACACGAACGAGAUUUACGUGCUGAAGGACGGUGAAGUGUCCGAGUCCGGGUCGUACCAGGCUUUGAUGGAUAAGAAGGGUGCCUUUGCGGAGUUUUUGAUUCAGCACCUGCAGGAGGUCAACGAAGAGGAGGAGGACAUUGACGAAAUCAAGGCCCAGCUGGAGUCGGGCGUGAGUAACGAGGAGUUGAAGCACAAGCUGGAGCGAGCGAUUAGUCGGCGAUCGCGCAGUGGAAGCACCUCUGAUGGAUCCGGCAAUGAAUCGUACUCGCGGCAGGCGUCCGAUAUGGGCGGUAGCAACUCUAGCUUGAGGAAGCGAACGCCGGAGAAGAAGGCCGCCGAGGAACCGUCGAAGAACAAACUGAUUGAGAAGGAGACGUCGGAAACGGGAAGUGUCAAAUGGGAGGUGUACAAGCACUACCUGAAGAGCAUCGGUCUCACGCUGUCGGUGGCCACGGUCUUCUUGAACAUGGUGUUCCAAGGCUUCUCGAUCGGUUCCAACCUGUGGCUUUCGCGCUGGUCCACGGAUGCCGCGGCCGAAAACGACACCAGCGUACGGGACAUGUACCUCGGAGUUUACGGCGCGUUCGGUGCUGGACAAGUCGUGACCGUCCUGUUUACCACGCUGGCCCUGUACGUCGGUGCCCUGAGCGCGUCACGUAUCCUGCACCACCGGCUGCUCCGGAACGUGCUCCGGGCACCGCUGACCACGUUCUUCGACAUCACGCCGCUGGGCCGGGUGCUGAACCGGUUCAGCAAGGACGUGGACACCACCGACAACGAACUGCCGGCGGCGAUCCGUGCCUGGAGCGCCUGCUUCUUCGGGGUGGUAGCCACCCUGGUCGUGAUCACCAUCUCGACGCCGAUCUUCUCGGCAGUGAUCCUACCGAUCGGCAUUCUGUACUACGCCGUGCAGCGCUUCUACGUGGCCACGUCGCGCCAGCUGAAGCGGCUGGAGUCGGUGUCGCGUUCGCCGAUCUAUUCGCACUUUGGCGAGUCCAUCCAGGGCGCGCAGACGAUCCGCGCGUACAGCGUUCAGGACCGGUUCAUCGGUGAGUCGGAGGCCCGGGUGGACUUUAACCAGGUGUGUUACUUCCCCAGUAUCAUCGCGAACCGAUGGCUGGCGGUGCGGCUGGAGAUGGUGGGUAAUUUGAUCAUCCUGUUUGCGGCACUGUUUGCCGUGAUGGGCCGGGAGACGAUGAACCCCGGGUUGGUGGGUCUGUCGGUGUCGUACGCGCUGCAGAUCACGCAGACGCUCAACUGGCUGGUGCGGAUGACCUCGGACGUGGAGACGAACAUUGUGGCCGUGGAGCGGAUCAAGGAGUACGGAGAGACCAAGCAGGAAGCCCCGUGGGAGCUGCAGAACAGUACGUUGCCUAGGGAUUGGCCGGAACAGGGACGGGUGGAGUUCCAGGACUUCCAGGUGCGGUACCGCGAGGGGUUGGACCUGGUGCUGAAGGGAAUCUCGUUCACGGUUGAGGGUGGGGAGAAGGUUGGAAUUGUUGGUCGGACUGGAGCGGGCAAGUCCAGCUUGACACUGGCGCUGUUCCGGAUCAUCGAGUCCGCCGGGGGAAAGAUCAUCAUCGACGGGCAGGACAUUUCUCAGCUGGGACUGCACGCGCUGCGAUCGCGUCUGACCAUCAUCCCGCAGGACCCGGUGCUUUUCUCCGGCACGAUGCGUAUCAAUUUGGACCCGUUCAACGUGCACUCGGACGAGGACAUCUGGACGGCGCUGGAGCAUGCCCAUCUGAAGGCGUUUGUGAAGGGUCUGACCGCCGGAAUCAACCACGAAGUUACGGAAGGCGGUGAGAACUUGUCCGUUGGCCAACGGCAAUUGAUCUGCUUGGCGCGAGCGCUGCUGCGCAAAACUAAGGUGCUCAUUUUGGACGAAGCCACUGCGGCGGUGGAUUUGGAGACGGAUGAUCUCAUUCAGAGAACCAUCCGCACCGAGUUCAAGGACUGCACCGUGCUGACGAUAGCGCAUCGGCUCAACACCAUCAUGGACUCGGACAAGGUGAUUGUGCUGGACAAGGGCCAGAUCACGGAGUACGCGGCGCCGGGCGAGCUGCUGCAGAACAAAUCCUCGGCCUUCUACAGCAUGGCCAAGGACGCCGGAUUAGUGUAAUUAUUUGUUUGAGUUUGAGUUAAUUUUGUGUUUUGCUGGUGCAAAUCGCUACUUAAUCAGUUUGUACUUUAAAACUCACACAUAGCUAGGAUCAGAAAGUUGGCAUUUCUUUUUUGUUUUGUUUAUUUUUUCGUUUGUUUGCAACUAACAAGAGUGUUUAUAUCUACUUACCGGUAGUGUGAUCUGAUACACUACACUCAAAUAAAACAAUCAGCCAAGGUUAUCGAAAUUCUUGUACUUAUUGCACGGGUAAAAUUUUCAGUAUUCCUAUCAUUCCCGGUCGAAAUUCAAAACACUGAGAUUUCAAACCAUGAUACGUAGGAUUCCAUUUAGGCAAAGUACGCUUAAUUUACACGCAUGAUAUUCGUUACAUUCUACAAGAAAACAAAAACAAAGUAGCUUGUAUUACUUAAUAGCAGAAACUUGCAAACAUCCUGAAGCCAAACACACUCAUACCACUACUAAGAGACACACAAAACCACACAAACAAAUGUGUUCAGAAACAAAGAGGCACACAGCAUUUUCAGCCAUAGUGAAGUACAAAAAAAAAUCCAUCGAAAAUCAGUUUGAACAACACACAGAACAAACAAACAAAAAACAGUAAAUUUUUCCCUUUCUCCACUUAGCAGAAGAAGAAGGAUAAGAAAAAGCCAAGAAGUUACUUGAUGGCGCCAAGCGAGAAGAUGCGCAAGACCUCAAGCAAUGGUGCGCUCUUUUUUGAUUUUUGAAUUUCACCUAAUAUUGUUUUAGAAAGUGCCUUCGAAAACCCACUAUUACUUUGUAAGUGUUUGUGUGUGUGUAUAUGCAAGACCGCGCGCAGUAAACCAAUAAAAUGUACGUCUGUUUUUAAUUGAGAAA